AUGUCCGAGUUUAAAGUGGGUGCAGAUACAGAGGCAGCUUCCUCAGAUCCAGGUCAACAGCAGAGCACCAUCCCCUGCGUGAGUGAAGAGGAACUGGCCAAGUUUGUGUCUCUGACGCCUCUGUCCAAAACACUGCAGGAAAUAAAGGAAUCGCUCCAGACUCUCGCCCACACGUCCGAGACAGAGGACGUAAUUAUCAGCCCAGCAGAGGGUGAACCAUCGCACCUGAUCCCUGUUGCCCUUGACAGCCUUUCCCCACAGCAUUUCGCUGUCUUCCUGUUUGGCUGCCAUGUUGUGCGUUUACUGAGCAGAGCUUGUUCCUUCCCCCCUGUCGUGCUGCUAUUGGCCAGGACAGUGCCAGUCUCUCACUGUGAUAACCUGCUGGCCUUCUGCCAUAAAGACUUUUAUUACGACACAGCCAAUCAAAUUCUGUACAUCCUAGAGAAGAAGCUUCAAAAUGCUGGCCAGUUCAUCUCCAUUCUCUUACACUCAAUGGCCUAUAUCACCUCAGGCUCAAAAUCUCUCGAAUUCAUAAAAGCCUUCCACUUGGCCAUUUCAGCACUAAGCAUGCAGUUGUUUCAUCACUCUUUCACUGAGGAUCAGAGGAAAGGAAAGAUGGAUGAGGAAAACACACCAGAGGCCUUUGGGACAUUAGUAGAGGACUUCUUCAGUGUAAAAAUACCUACUGAAACGCAUUUCACUGAACACCUGCUGGCAGAGAGACUUCAAGUAUAUAAAUACUUCAAGUUGGAACAGCUCCUCCAAGAACUAAAUCCAACUCUAAAAGACAGACAUGGAGAUGGACGAGGGCAAACUGGCCUAAAAACGCAAGUCCCAGUACUGUGUAUGGAAAGAGAAAUAAACAGACUUGAUGAAGUUUACCAGCAGCUCUCCUCUGAACUCUACAGGGCAACACACAGCCUACCGGAGAAGAAAGAGCCCAGGUUUGACAAACCGCUUCAGGAGCAGCAGGUGAUGCUGGAGCUGCAGAAGUGUACGGUGGAUCAGAGACUGAAGGCGAUGAGAGACAGACUUUCUAAACUGAGCUCAAGCCAGCGAGCGAGUCCUAAUGAAAACACACCUGCUCACGGCACAGUCCUGGCUCAGGAAGACAGCCAGACUCCCAGCAAAUGCAAACCAGACAGUGGAGGAGCAGAGAAACAGACACCUGCUGCAGGACAGUCCAGCAACAAGAAGAAGCAGAGCAAGCAUAUGGACAAAGAUGAGGAAAAGGGUGUGACUGCGUGAGGAACAAUGUUUGAAAAUGGUGAUUAUUCUAAAAAGAAUCUGUUUCUUGUCUUUACACCGUUUUAUUCUUACAGAUCUUACAAAUUACAAUCAUUAUUUUAUCCAUUCAUAAUGACUGUGAAACUUGUGUGGCACAGUCACAGCCAGUCAGAAGAUAUUUAAUGUUUAAUGUACAGUUAUGAUGAG